GCCGCGUCUCCUAGUAGCGCCCAGCACACGGAGCGCGCGCAGAGCGACUGGAACUCUCUCCCUGUUGUUUCUGUCUGUGGGCGCGCGUGGAACGUUGGACUUUUUGAACAUUUUGAAAAGUAAAGCGGACUUUUAACGGACUUUUUUUAACGGAUUUUUUAAAAAACGUUUGUUUUGUUUGUUUGUUCGGCUUGGCUGCUACGUCACUGGUGGGAUUCCUCUCCUCAAGGCACGCGCUUAAAAAACCUACAGCCUACAGCUCAGUUCUGAGGUUUCUGACGGAUUUAUAUUGUUUGUUAGUUUCUACACGUUUUUAACGUGCUAAUAUUAGCGGCGUUUGCCUGUUAUUUGUUUGUUUUUGGCGUCACUGAUGGGACCCUGUCAGGUGCGCGCGGUUUGGUUUACGAAACUUACUGCGCUUGCUUAAAAUUAAAAGUUGAAGUUUUCGCUGGGACAGCAGUUUCUCACGCUCUUUUUGUUUUGUGUUCUUGUUUAAACGCUGUGUGGUCUGUUUAUCAGCGCAAGUGGUCGUUUCGCUGGGUUUUUUCGUGCUUCAGGCGGCCGUUAAAAGUCUCGUGAGCUGCGCAGAGUCUGCGGUGGACUCCGCGUCACCGGCCCCUGCGCACGUGGCGGCCGGGGUCCAGGUUGCAUAGCAACGCGGCGGACCCCUUACCUGGACUCUGUGUUUAUUUUUAUCAUUGUUUAAUUUUGGAUCGUUCUGCACGAGCUCCUCUGGAACAUCGCUCGCUGGACUGCACGCGCACACGGACGCGCGCACACCCACAUCCACAGGGCACGGAGGGGAUGGUGCGGCGGUGUGUGUGAGGGGGAGAUGGGAGCGGCGGGGCGGCGCGUGCUGCACUGCUGUUGCUGCGCGCUCGCACUCAUCUGCAGCCUCGCGCUGCUGGAGGCCAAAAUACUGGAGCCGGUGGAGUGGAGCACUCACAACAGCAGGUUUGUUUCUGGAAAAGGGCUGGUGAUUUACCCAGAGAUUGGAGAUAAGCUGGAUAUUAUGUGUCCGCGAGGUUCUGCGGGUCGGCCUUACGAGUUCUAUAAACUGUACCUGGUGAAGAAGGAGCAGGCCGAGUCCUGUAGCACAGUUCUAGACCCCAAUGUGUUGGUCACCUGCAACAAACCUGAGAAGGACAUCAAAUUCACCAUCAAAUUCCAGGAGUUCAGCCCCAACUACAUGGGCCUGGAGUUCAAACGCAAUGUCAACUAUUUCAUCACCUCCACCUCUAAUGGAACACUGGAGGGUCUGGAGAACAGAGAGGGAGGCGUGUGCAACACCAGAUCCAUGAAGAUCGUCAUGAAAGUGGGCCAGGACCCAAACUCUGCAGAUCCAGCGCUGACGGAAGCUCCGGAUAGAGAUGAGGACAAUGAAAUUAAAAACCCGACGACCAGCCCGGCCAGGAAGAGAGACGGACCUAGCAAAGACACGAGGAACGGUUCUGGUUCUGGUUCCGGUUCUGGAUCAGGUUCUGGUUCUGGAUCAGGUUCUGGUUCUGGAUCAGGUUCUGCGGAUGGGUUCUUUGGUUCUAAGCCAGCAGUGUUCGCCUCCAUCAGCGCCGGCUGCCUCGUCUUCAUCCUCAUCAUCAUCAUCCUCAUCGUCCUGCUGCUUAAGCUCCGCAAGAGGACCCGCAAGCACUCGCAGCCAAGAGGCGGGGCCGCACUGUCACUCAGCACACUGGCCCCGCCCAAAGGCCCCAGCCAUGGCGGCGCGGAGCCUAGUGACAUCAUCAUCCCGCUGCGCACAAGCGAGAACAACUACUGCCCGCACUACGAGAAGGUCAGCGGAGAUUACGGACAUCCGGUUUACAUCGUCCAGGAGAUGCCCCCACAGAGCCCCGCCAACAUCUACUACAAAGUCUGAGAGAGGGAUCGAGAGUGAGAGAGAUAAAAAUAAAUAAGUGCAUCUUCCACUAACUUCUCCAAAUAGAACAAUAGAGGAAGUGCUAGAGCUUCUGUCUCUUGUGUUUCUGGACUGUUUGGAGAUUUGGGGAUAAGGGGAUGGAGGAAUGGAUGGAAAAAGGCGAGUAAAAGACUGCACGGAUUACAAAGACAGAGAUGAAGAUCGCCCUCAAAAAAAGACUAUAUACUAUAAUAAAAUGGACCUUUUUCCAUUUUCUUCCUGUUUGGAGACAAAAGGAAGAAAUGAUGGAAAGUCGAGUGAAAGACUACAGGUAUUGAGGAAGAGAAAAUAAGGUGAAAACGUCUUCCGAUAAGACGGCAGGAACUACGUUUUGUAUCUCUCUUUUAGCGCUUUUAUCUCUCGCACUUUGAUGCCAUGUGCAGGUUCCGAGAUGAAUCGAUGGAAGCAAAAAAGAGGAAAUGAGAAGGAUGAGUGAUGGACUGUGUGGAUAGAAAUGUUCGUCUUGCACUUCUGGCUGUGUGUGUAUCUCUCUCAGUCUCUGCAGACUCAGGCCGGGGACUUUUAUUAUGGAAAAUUCCUCCAAUCACGGACAGACUCUGGCUUUUUUAAAAUUUGUUUCAGUGUUUUUUGUUUGGGUUUUAAAUCACUUUCACCACUUCUUUUCACUCGUUCACUCAUUCACAGCGACUUUUCUUUGCGCUGAACCUCUGGUUAGUGUUUCAAAUCCUCACACACUCACACUCAGACACACUACGACACACAAUUCCGUCAGUGUGAAAGUUAAUGAAAGUAUAACACGUCGUUAUUUGAGUGAUGAUUGAACCCUGAGAAAGGCAAAUAUACGCACCACUCAUGUUACCGUGUGCGCGUGUGCGUGCGCGUGUGUGUGAGAGGAUCUAAAGGCAGGAUAGCUGAGGAACCUGUCACCCAGACACACACUCUGAAACUGGGUGUUUUCUAUUUUAUUAAGAAAUAAUAAUAAAUCGGAUCAAAUUUGUCAUGAAAAUAAAGCAGAUGGAAGUGAUUCAGAUCCCAUCAGUGGGAUAAAAGCACAGAGGGAGAAAAGGAGGAGAGAAAAAGACAUAUGCUCUAUCCAUCACCGUAAAAAACGGAGGAGUGUCAGGAGAGAAGAGGAUGGAAAGAUUUUAAACACACACACAGUAAAACGCUCGCUGUUUCCCGAGAGCUCUGUUUGGCUGUGAGAAAAAAGCGAGGAAAGCAAAUUCAGUAUUAUUAGAACACUUUAACCAGAGUGAUGAGCAUUUAACACACACACACAUUUUCACUCACACACACACACCUACUCUCACACACUUACAUACCUGAGGCUCAGGAGAGUAUUUUUCUCUUUCAGGAAAAACAUAAAUAAAUGAGUAAAGUCUCACCGCUCACUUUCUUCUUUCUCUACAGACUCCACUAACUCUCUCUCUCUAGUUUUUUUCUUGUCUUUCACUCCUGUCGUUUUCAUUUUUUCUCAUUUAUUUUUUACUUGCUGGGUAUAUCUCCCUAUCUCUCUUUCGUAUAUCUCCCUUAUGAUUCUUCUUUGUCUUUCAUCUUCUUUGUCUUGUCUCUCUCUCUCCCUCUACUCAUGGUUUUCUAUUUAUUUUUUUUAUCUUUUUAUGCCCCUCUGUCUUACUCUGCAUUCUUGCCUUCUUCUUAUUUUUUCUCCAUCUCUGACUUAUUUCUUUCUUCCUUUACUUUCUCAUUACCCCUUUUUGCUUCUCCUUUUCUCUUUUUCUUCUUUUUUAUUAUUCUCUUUACUCUCUUUUCUUUUUCCCUUUAUUUCUCUCCUUCUGCUUUUCUUCUUUCUCUCUCCUCCCUCAGCUCCGAUCUGUUUGUGUAUUUAAGUUAUUAAAGGCCUUCCGCUGAAAGAUGAGUUAGUGGAAGAUUUCAACACACACACAUACACACACACACACAACUUCAGCAGUGUUGCCGUUCUGCUGGAUAAAUUUCAUCAUUUUAACUUUUAUUUUAUUUAAAUGUGCUUCAUUUACAACUACUUUCAUUCACUCAUAUUUUAUUUUUCUGUCAGUUCAUUAAAGUGAAUAUUAAAUAUUCAGUAUAAAUCAUCUGUCAGACACUUUCAUGGACGAUAUUUUGUAAAAUGUUUCAUGUAGUUAAACCUUAACAACAUUAAAGCCACUGGUCAUCUCUGUUUAGCGAAAAAAAGUAAAAAAAAAAAAACAACUCUGUGCCACUGUGUUUGUACAUAUUUCAUAUUUCACUAGUUUAUUCCACUAACACACUAUUUCAUAUACAUUUUUAAAAACAUGGUUAUUAACAAUUUAAAAACAGACACGUCCGGUAAGUUCAGUAGCGAUGUAUUUUCAGAAAAUUUGGUUUUAAAAACAAACUUUUUUUUUUUUUCUGUUGGUAUGAGAAAUAAACAACAACACAAAACUAAAAACAUCAUUUUCUACAGUAAUACACAAUAAUAACGAAGCUGGUAAACAAACACACACUCAUAAACUUGGUGCAAAACCAAGAAAAAUGUUUGCGUUUCUCAUUCAGUCUGAUUUGUUUGUUUGUUUAUUUCCUCAUUUCAUGUUCUGAAGUCUUGCUGUUUGUUACAGUCUGAGAAAUAAUGUAAAUAAUGUAUUCUGUUAAGAAGAAAAAUUAAAGUUACAUUUUAUUAGAGCUCUGUUUAUGAGAAAUAUGAAAUAAUUAGGAUUUUUUAAAAGCUUUUGUAAAUAGAGGACUUUUCUGGGGAAGAAUUUUUGUAUCUGUAACUCAGUUUCUCCCGUUCUCUCUCUCUCUCUCUUUGUUUAUGUUGUCAAAGUGCCAGCAAAGAAAUCACCCUCACUCUCACACACUCACACUGUUACUGUAUUUACAUUCUAGUUCUUUGUUUGCGUCCAAAUGCAUUUGUAGAGUUUUUCCUUUUUAGGUGCAAAAGACAACAAAACACAAACCGCACAUCUGUCAAAAGUUUGGGGACACUUAGCUUUUCUAAAUGUUUGCAAGUGAGUUAUCUCUGGACCAAAAGAGUUUUAAAUGUGAUUUAAUUAGAAAAAUGAAAAACAAAACUGAUUAAAUCAUUGUUUGCUUUUCAUAACGAUACAGAGCUGGUUAACAAAGAUUAGUGUAAGUUCAAAAUUAAUUCAGGAAGCUACAUAUUAUGUACUUUCAAAUAUAAAAUUCUGAAGUAAGAAAAAGGAAAGAAAAAAUAAGAAAAACACUGAUCAGAGAAGCUUUAAAAGACAUUAAAAAAGGCAUGAUUAAAUUAAACCAUUGUCUUAAUUAAUUAAAAAUGAAACUCAUUGCCUACAAAUGUAAAAAAAAAAAAGAAUCUGAAAAAAAAAUUUAAAUAAAAAAAUGUGUUAAAUUAUUUUAAAAAGCAGUGUGUUUUCAAACUUUUGAUGCACAUUGUAUGUUCUGGGAACACACACACACUGGCAGUACAUCUAAAGCCAGCAGCCCAAAAGCUGCUGAAUCUAAUUACACUCAUAAAGCUCUAACUGCUUAAUGAGCUUAACUACUAAACCCAACACACAGGUAUGCUGAGACUGCUUCUUUCUCUCUCUCUCUCUCUCUCUCUCUCUCUCUCUUUCUCACACACACACACAUCUUCAGGCUGUGUGGCGGGUUCUUGCUUGCAGUCAAACCUCAGAAUUACCACAGUGUUUUCUAAAAAAAAGAAUCAGAAUAAAAGCUCAGUACAGAGAUCAAGGUCCACUAGAACCACUCUCAGUGCUCCACACUGCUUCAGAGCUGCUGUUCUGCUGUUGAACACAGCUCCUUACAGCGUCUUAUUAUUUAUAAGCAUUUUUAUUAAUAUAAGAGACUAGUUGUUACGGCGAUAGUCCGAAUAUAAUUAAGUAUUUUGACAGUGACUAUGACCCAACAUUUAAUUACGGUUUACAAUAUUAUCACCAUAAAAGAAUAACAAAAAGACAAAAGUGAACAAUAUAUAUAUAUAUAUAUAUAUAUGGUCACAUUACUUUAGUAAAAUUAAGUAAAAUUAAAAGUCAUCCUUUGGUACAUUCUUAUACGUUAGAGGGCUCCCGAGUGGCCCAUCUGUCUAAGCGCAGACUCAGUCACUGAAAGGUCACUAGCUAUCCGCUCAACAACAACAGAAACUUACAGAACCUGUCUGUUCAACUUCACCACAGCAGCUAGCAGUGUGUGAGUGGAGUCUGAAGAGGGUAAAUAAAGUCACAUUACUCUGAAAAAACACUUUUAUGCAACAGUAAAACUAACACACACACACACAUCACUCUCUUGCUCUUGCUGCUGGUCUACUUAUUUUUACACACUAAACUUGUUUAGCAUUGUUAUGAUUAUUAUUAUUAUUAUUAUUAUUAUUAUUAUUAUUAUUCUGUUUCUGAUUUUCAGUAUUAUUGUUUAUGAUUUAUUGAUCUGUUCAUGUUUUACUUAAGCGAUGAUGAUGAUGAUAGCGAUGAUGAUGAUGAUGGUGACAAUGAUGGUUAUGAUGGACAGAACUCAACUCUGCAUUCGUUCCUCUGUUCCUCCACUUUUCCUCUCGCCAUGAUGCCAUGAUCCCUCCAUCUCCGCCCCUCUUUGGAAUCCACCCCUCAAUGCAAACUGACCAAUAAAAUUUUUCCUAUGGA